GAAAAAGAGCCUUUUGACUUUUUUUUUUAACCCCUCUCCCAUCCGGAUGGCUGAGUAGCAAACGUAGGCGACACCUUGAAAGGGACGAAGUUGGUCUGCAGUGACAAUUUCGUGGGUUCACAGUUGUGAGCGUGGGGCUUGGAGAUGGAACCCUGGUCCAGGUGGAAAACGAAACGGUGGGUCUGGGAUCUCACCAUCUCAACCCUCGCCUUGACCUUCCUCUUCCAAGCCAGAGAGGUCAGAGGAGCUGCUCCAGUUGACAUACUAAAAGCACUAGAUUUUCAUAAUUCUCCAGUGGGUAUAUCUAAAACAACAGGAUUUUGCACAAACAGAAAGAAUUCUAAAGAUCCAGAUGUUGCUUAUAGAGUUACAGAAGAAGCACAAAUCAGCGCCCCAACGAAACAGCUGUUUCCAGGUGGAAAUUUUCCUCAAGAUUUUUCAAUACUAUUUACAAUAAAACCCAAAAAAGGAACUCAAGCAUUUCUUUUGUCUCUAUAUAAUGAACAUGGUAUUCAGCAGCUCGGUGUAGAGGUUGGGAGAUCACCUGUUUUCCUAUUUGAAGACCACACUGGAAAACCCACACCAGAAAACUAUCCCCUCUUCUCAACAGUUAACAUCGCUGAUGGAAAGUGGCAUCGGGUCGCGAUCAGUGUAGAGAAGAAAACUGUGACAAUGAUUGUUGAUUGUAAGAAGAAAAUCACCAAACCCCUCGAUAGAAGUGAGAGAUCCAUAGUAGAUACCAAUGGAAUCAUGGUGUUUGGAACAAGAAUUUUAGAAACAGAUGUUUUUCAGGGUGAUAUUCAACAGUUCCUGAUCACUGGUGACCCCAAGGCAGCAUAUGACUACUGUGACCAUUAUAGUCCAGACUGUGACUUAACAUCCAAGGACGCUCAGGCCCAGGAGCCACAGGUAGAUGAGAAAAAGAAAUCCAAUUACACAAAGAAGAAGAGGACAGUGACCACUAACUCAAAGAAAAAAUCUAAAAAGCUCACAUCCCCCAAAUCUGAAAAAUUUGCAUCCAAGAAGAAGAAACGUUAUCAAGCAUCAGCCAAAGCCAAACUAGGGGUCCAGGCAAAUAUUGUGGAUGAUUUUCAAGAAUACAAUUAUGGAACAAUGGAAACGUACCAGACUGAGUCUCCUCGGCGUGUAUCAGGAUCAAAUGAGCCAAAUCCAGUUGAAGAAGGUUUUACUGAAGAAUAUCUAACUGGAGAGGAUUAUGAUGUCCAGAGAAACUUUUCAGAGGAUAUCCUAUAUGGAAACAAAGGAAUAGACGGCAGGGACUCUGAUCUUCUGGUAGAUGGAGAUUUAGGUGAAUAUGAUUUUUAUGAAUACAAAGAAUAUGAAGAAAGGACAACGCUCUCCCCUAAUGAAGAAUUUGGCCCAGGUGUCCCAGCAGAAACUGAUUUCACAGAAACAAGCAUAAAUGGUCAUGGUGCAUAUGGAGAGAAAGGACAGAAGGGGGAACCAGCUGUGGUUGAACCUGGGAUGCUUGUUGAAGGACCACCUGGGCCAGCUGGACCAGCGGGUCUCAUGGGUCCUCCAGGUCUACAAGGCCCUUCUGGGCUCCCCGGUGACCCUGGUGAUAGGGGCCCACCAGGACGUCCUGGCUUACCAGGGGCUGAUGGUUUACCUGGUCCUCCUGGAACCAUGUUGAUGCUACCAUUCCGCUAUGGGGGUGACGGCUCCAAAGGACCAACGAUCUCUGCACAGGAAGCCCAAGCUCCAAUUCUUCAGCAGGCUCGGAUUGCUCUCAGAGGCCCACCUGGCCCAAUGGGUCUAACUGGAAGACCAGGACCAGUGGGGGGUCCUGGUUCAUCUGGAGCCAAAGGUGAGAGUGGGGAUCCAGGUCCUCAGGGUCCUCGAGGUGUCCAAGGUCCUCCUGGCCCAACCGGAAAACCUGGGAAGAGGGGCCGCCCAGGUGCUGAUGGAGGAAGAGGAAUGCCAGGAGAGCCUGGGCCUAAGGGAGAUCGAGGGUUUGAUGGACUUCCAGGCCUGCCGGGUGACAAAGGUCAUAGGGGGGAAAGAGGUCCACAAGGUCCUCCUGGCCUUCCUGGUGAUGACGGAAUGAGGGGAGAAGAUGGAGAGAUUGGACCCAGGGGUCUUCCAGGUGAAGCUGGUCCACGAGGCUUGCUGGGACCAAGAGGAACUCCAGGACCUCCUGGUCAGCCUGGUAUUGCAGGUAUAGAUGGCCCCCAAGGACCAAAAGGAAACAUGGGUCCCCAAGGGGAGCCUGGACCUCCAGGUCAGCAAGGGAAUCCAGGACCUCAGGGUCUUCCUGGUCCACAAGGCCCAAUUGGCCCUCCAGGUGAAAAGGGCCCACAAGGAAAACCAGGGCUUGCUGGACUUCCUGGUGCUGAUGGGCCUCCUGGUCAUCCUGGAAAAGAAGGCCAGUCUGGAGAAAAGGGUGCCCUGGGUCCUCCUGGUCCACAAGGCCCUAUUGGCUAUCCGGGUCCCCGUGGAGUAAAGGGAGCCGAUGGUGUCAGGGGUCUCAAGGGAUCUAAAGGAGAAAAGGGUGAAGAUGGAUUUCCAGGAUUCAAAGGUGACAUGGGUCUUAAAGGUGACAGAGGCGAGGUGGGUCAAGUUGGCCCAAGAGGAGAAGAUGGCCCUGAAGGCCCCAAAGGUCGCGCAGGCCCAACUGGAGACCCAGGUCCUUCUGGCCAAGCAGGAGAAAAGGGAAAACUUGGGGUUCCAGGAUUGCCGGGCUAUCCAGGAAGACAAGGUCCUAAGGGUUCCACUGGAUUUCCUGGAUUUCCAGGUGCCAACGGGGAGAAAGGUGCCCGGGGAGUCGCUGGCAAACCGGGUCCCCGAGGUCAACGUGGUCCAACGGGUCCUCGAGGUUCAAGAGGCGCCAGAGGUCCCACGGGAAAACCUGGGCCUAAGGGUACUUCGGGUGGUGAUGGCCCUCCUGGCCCUCCAGGUGAAAGAGGCCCUCAAGGACCUCAGGGUCCAGUUGGAUUCCCUGGCCCAAAAGGCCCCCCUGGCCCUGCUGGGAAGGAUGGACUACCAGGGCACCCUGGACAGCGUGGAGAGACUGGAUUUCAAGGCAAGACUGGUCCACCAGGACCAGGAGGUGUGGUUGGACCACAGGGACCAACUGGUGAGACUGGUCCAAUAGGCGAACGUGGGCAUCCUGGCCCUCCUGGUCCUCCUGGUGAGCAAGGACUUCCUGGUGCCGCAGGGAAAGAAGGUGCAAAGGGUGAUCCAGGCCCUCAAGGUGUCUCUGGGAAAGAUGGACCAGCAGGAAUACGUGGUUUCCCUGGAGAAAGAGGCCUUCCAGGGGCCCAGGGUGCUCCUGGACUGAAAGGAGGAGAAGGUCCCCAGGGCCCACAGGGUCCAGUUGGCUCUCCGGGAGAGCGAGGCUCGGCAGGCACAGCAGGUCCAAUUGGUUUGCCGGGGCGGCCAGGUCCCCAGGGCCCUCCUGGUCCAGCUGGAGAAAAAGGUGCUCCUGGGGAAAAGGGUCCCCAAGGCCCUGCAGGUAGAGAUGGCAUACAAGGCCCUGUGGGUCUUCCUGGGCCUGCUGGGCCUGCUGGCUCUCCAGGAGAAGAUGGAGACAAGGGUGAAAUUGGUGAACCAGGCCAAAAGGGCAGCAAAGGUGACAAAGGCGAAAAUGGUCCUCCUGGUCCCCCAGGUCUUCAAGGACCUGUUGGUGCUCCUGGAAUUGCCGGCGGAGAUGGUGAGGCAGGUCCCCGAGGACAACAGGGAAUGUUUGGGCAAAAAGGUGAUGAGGGUGCUCGAGGUUUCCCAGGACCUCCUGGACCCAUAGGUCUUCAGGGGUUGCCAGGCCCACCAGGUGAAAAGGGUGAAGGUGGAGAUGUUGGACCCAUGGGUCCACCAGGUCCUCCUGGCCCACGAGGCCCUCAAGGUCCCAAUGGAGCUGAUGGACCACAAGGACCUCCAGGCUCUAUUGGUUCAGUUGGCGGCGUGGGUGACAAGGGUGAACCUGGAGAAGCAGGGAACCCAGGACCCCCUGGUGAAGCCGGCUCAGGUGGUCCCAAAGGAGAGAGAGGAGAGAAAGGAGAAGCUGGACCUCCCGGUGCUGCAGGUCCUGCUGGUGCUAAGGGACCACCAGGUGACGAUGGUCCCAAGGGGAACCCGGGCCCUGUUGGGUUUCCUGGAGAUCCUGGUCCACCUGGAGAGCCUGGUCCUGCAGGACAAGACGGUGUUGGAGGUGACAAAGGUGAAGAUGGAGAUCCCGGGCAACCGGGUCCCCCUGGUCCAUCUGGUGAGGCUGGCCCACCAGGUCCUCCUGGAAAGAGAGGUCCUCCUGGGGCUUCGGGUGCAGAAGGAAGGCAAGGCGAAAAAGGUGCUAAGGGAGAAGCUGGUACAGAAGGACCUCCUGGGAAAACUGGCCCUGUCGGACCUCAGGGUCCUUCUGGAAAGCCUGGUCCAGAAGGUCUUCGAGGCAUCCCUGGUCCUGUGGGAGAGCAAGGACUCCCCGGUGCUGCUGGCCAAGAUGGGCCCCCUGGUCCUCUGGGACCUCCUGGCUUACCUGGUCUCAAAGGUGACCCUGGCUCUAAGGGUGAGAAGGGACAUCCUGGUUUAAUUGGAUUGAUUGGCCCUCCUGGAGAACAAGGGGAAAAAGGUGACCGAGGACUUCCCGGGACUCAGGGUUCUCCAGGAGCCAAAGGAGACGGGGGUAUCCCAGGUCCUGCUGGUCCCAUAGGUCCUCCUGGUCCUCCAGGAUUACCAGGUCCUGCUGGCCCAAAGGGUAACAAAGGGUCGUCAGGACCCGCUGGCCAGAAGGGUGAUAGUGGCAUGCCUGGGCCUCCUGGACCUCCGGGUCCUCCUGGAGAAGUCAUUCAGCCGUUACCUAUUUUGUCACCCAAAAAAACAAGAAGACAUACUGAAAGUGUUCAGGCCGAUGCAGUGGAUAAUAUUCUUGAUUACUCAGAUGGAAUGGAGGAAAUAUUUGGUUCCCUUAAUUCUCUGAAACAAGACAUUGAACAUAUGAAGUUUCCCAUGGGUACACAGUCCAAUCCGGCCCGAACAUGCAAAGACCUGCAACUCAGCCAUCCUGACUUCCCAGAUGGUGAAUAUUGGAUUGAUCCUAACCAAGGUUGCUCAGGAGAUUCCUUCAAAGUUUACUGUAAUUUCACAGCUGGUGGUGAGACAUGCAUCUAUCCAGACAAAAAAUCUGAGGGAGUAAGAAUUUCCUCGUGGCCAAAGGAGAGACCAGGAAGUUGGUACAGUGAAUUUAAGAGAGGAAAACUGCUUUCAUAUUUGGAUGUGGAAGGCAAUUCCAUCAAUAUGGUGCAAAUGACAUUCCUGAAGCUCCUGACUGCCUCUGCCCGACAGAAUUUUACCUACCACUGCCAUCUGUCAACUGCCUGGUACGAUGUAUCAUCAGCAAGUUAUGACAAGGCACUCCGGUUUCUGGGAUCUAAUGAUGAGGAGAUGUCCUAUGAGAACAACCCACACAUCAAAGCAUUGUAUGAUGGCUGUGCGUCCAGAAAAGGCUAUGAGAAGACUGUGAUUGAGAUCAAUACUCCAAAAAUUGAUCAGGUACCCAUCAUUGAUGUAAUGAUCAAUGAUUUUGGUGAUCAGAAUCAGAAGUUCGGAUUUGAAGUCGGUCCAGUUUGCUUCCUUGGCUAAGAUUAGGACGAAGACCUUAAGAAACCAACAGAAAAAGUACCUUGGUGCCACCAACCCAUUUCAUGCCACAUGCAAGUUUUGAAUAAGGACCAUAUAGAUCAUGUGUUAGGAAUCACUGAUGCCUGCUGGAGGCACAAUCAGAGGAGCGAGGUUUUGGUAGUCCCAAUGGUGGAAGAUAGUGUGGCUGAGAUGGAUACAGGGCUGACUCUUGAUUUUCUACCCUCAUCUCUCCUUUCCCUAUUUGGAUUUCUUUGGUGCUGUAGAAAACAGAAAGAGAGAAAAUAUAUAUUCAUUUAAAAAACAUGGUGCUCAUUCCCAUCCAUCAGAGAUAUAGUAAAAAGUGUGUUUAAAAAUUGUAAUUAUUUUAUGUACAGUUCUACACUGUCAUCCGUGUGUCCAUUUCCAAAACUUGCACGUGACUCUGAAUCCCACCUAGCUCUAAUUUCAUGACAAUUUUGUGGAACUGUGAUGACAAUAAAUAUCAUGUUACAAAAACUAAGGUUGUAAUUUCUGAUUACUCUAAUUCCCUUCUUUGAUUAAUAAUAAAAUGCCUUUGUAUAUGUUGAUGUUGAAGAGUUCAGUUAUUUAAUGUCACAAACAAAUUUCAUACUGGGCCAAAGCCAGACUUUGAGGGGU